AUGCAAAAUAUCCAAAGUCAUUCUCCAUUAAAUCCGAACAAUAUAGAAUUGAAUAGGCCCAAUGCUAGAGAAAACGAAUGCGAUGAGGAAAUACAGUUGCGAGAAAUAACAAUAGAAGAUUCUUUAAGCCAGCCGAACCCAGUACAAGACGCACCGAGCAUUGUAAACACCAAUCUUUUUAAGUUUGGAGUUUCCGGCGCGGCACUCCUUAUUCUUAUACUGUCUGCGGCUGCAACGAUUUACUACAUUGUCUACCACCGUUCUUUCUCUUCAGGAAUAGCCGAGACUAUCAUCGCCAACACAACAGCAGCGCCCACAAACAAGACCGAACAGGCAGCCACUACCAUCUUUACUCCGACUUGGAAUGGGCUGGACCAUAAAGUCAAGCUGAACAUUACAAGUAGCAAUGGGACCAGUUUCAUCGGAAAUAUUGAAGAGUAUGUUGGAGCUAACUGGAAAGUCAAGAACGAUUCAAGCGUUGUUCUAAACUGCACGCAAGCAGAGAGUUCAUUUGUAAGCUGUAAGGCUUCAAACGACUCGAUCCUCUUACUGGACCCCAAAAGCGAUGCCACUUCUCUUUUGUUUAUGCCUGCAAAAUAUCCGCAGUCAUUGUACAACAGUACAGCGCCAGUAUUCACUCCAAUGAAUAUCACAAGCGCCGCGCCAGGCUCUUUGGACAAACCGGCAUCUAUUCCUAGCAUACUAGAAGCGAAUACAACAUCUGGAUUCAAUCCAACGCCUGUGCUUAAUGCAACGUCUGGGCUUAAUGGGACUACUACUGAAAUAUCGCAGACACCUAUGACAUUCUCAGAUUCUACUUUAGAAAGCAGUUCUACAACAAUGUCUACUCCUGCGAAGCCUAUCCAAGAAACAAUGGUUCCUACGAACAACUCUACACUAAUGGAAGACCUAUCUUCUGUUAUGGACUCUACAGAGAUAAAAUCGACAUUUUCGGAUUUCUUCAGCAAUAUGCCAGAAGAUGAAGGGCGCACACAGAUUCCACACAUUUCCACAAAGGUCUCAGAAUCCGUGAAAUUCGGGAAGCCAAACAUCUCAGAAUCUGCAAGAUCUGCGCAGAGCCAUGGAUUGGCAGAAAAUUAUGGACGUGGUUUAAACAGCAGCAGAAAGCCUAACAGCACAUUAGUGAAUGGAAUCAGCACGGAGACAACAGAUACUACUACUGUCUCGGAAGUACAGACCACUACAGAGUUUGAAACCGGCUCAGGGGAUGCAUUUACGAAUUCAGGAUAA